UCCUGGCAAUUUUUUUUGGGGGGGGGUAAGGGGGACGGAGCAGGGAAGUGAGAAAAUGCUCACGGGUUGCAAUUUCCUUUUGACUAAAAGGGAAAGAAGGAAGGGACCAGGACUUGGCCCUGGCCUGCGGGCACUCAGGGGAAUGACCAUCCCAGCUUCGCGAUUGGUUCUGGUUUCCUCUUCCCGAGAGACUGCAGCCCCCCCUCCCUUCCCCUCCCUUUUCCAGGCUAGGGCCCACCCCUCGCCUCGGUCCGCCUAGGGCUAGGGCUUUACCUUUCAAUUGUGAGGCGGAGAGGAGUCGGCUGCGGCUGCUUGCUGCUGCUGCUGCUGCUGCUCGGGUUCGGGGCUCCUGGGCCCCUGCUGCAGACCAUGGCAGAUCCGGCGGUCAGCUGCUUCCUCACCAAACUCUUGUGUGAGAACAAGGCGGGCUCCUCUGAUGUCCGGCAUUUGAGCCAGAAGAUCGGCUGGUCGGAGGCGCAGCUGAACCAGAUCCUGCAGGAGGCUGGGCCCGAGCGCUUCUUGCUGGUGGAGGAUGAGGACCCCACCGUAGCCGUGACUGUGGCGGUGAGCCCCUUGCGCCUCUGCAGCCACUACCUGCGGGACGAAUGUGACGGCUGCGAGAAGCUGCAUCUUUGUAAACUGUUCGUUCAGGAUAAGUGCAGGUUUAAGAAGCAGGGGUACAAAUGCAGAUUUUCCCAUGAUAUUCAUUUGCCUGGAAAUAGCAAAAUCUUGAAAAAUAAUGCACUUUUUGGCAUCAAUGAAUCAGAGCUCAAAGUCCUGCUUUUUCAGAAUGAUCCUUCUCUUUUGCCUGAGGUUUGCCCCUUCUACAACAGAGGUGUUGGGCCCCAUGGAUCCUGCAACCUCCAGGAUAAUUGCACCAAGCUUCACGUUUGUAAGCACUUCAUCUGGGGGGAGUGUAGAUUUCAGAAGUGCAAGCGAUCUCAUGAUCUACACGCGGAAAAUGUGUUGAAGUUGCUGAGGGAGCAAGGGCUGAGUCCCUCUGCCAUUUUAAACAUGCAGCGAAUCUGCAAGUAUAAACAUUCAGAGAUCUGCAAGUCCUUUGAUAAGAAGAAAGAUAAACGAACUGAGUCUGCUUCUACAAGCAAUGAGAAGACAAAAACCAGUGAGAUUUGCCUUUACUACAUCUGGAAAUUCUGCAAACAAAAAAAUAACUGUAGGAAUAUUCAUUACAAGCUGCCUUACCGAUGGCAAAAGUUGGAUGGCACUGUUUGGAAUGAUCUUCCCAUGAUGGAAGGGAUUGAAAAAAUCUAUUGUGACCCAAAGAACUCCAGAUAUGUUUCCCCAGCCCCAUCUCCUUCUUCUCCCUCAUACAUCAGUCUCCUGUUCAACUUGGCCCUUGGUCUUCCGCCUCUUUUCCCAAAUGUUGGAGUCCAAAUGGGAGAUCUGGAUAUCAAUUUUGAAACUAUGACCUGUGGUUUGAAUCAAGUGCGUCGUUUAUCUACCCCCUCCUCGGUCACCAAACCUUCCAAUAUUCUCUUAACCACAACAUGGCUCUGGUAUUGGCUGAAUGAUAAUGGUCAGUGGAUUGAAUAUGGAACCCAGGGUGAAAGUCAUCCUACUUCUUCAAUAACAUCUGUAGAUAUAGAAACAGUAUUCCUUGCUGAUUCAUAUGCCACUGUAGACUUUCAGGCGGGACAGCAGUUCUAUGAAAUCAACUUUAAAGAAAUGGUUCAGAGAAAUCUGAUAUGCCAAACCAAAAGAAAAGUAUGUAGGAGGCCAAAAUUUGUAUCCCCUGAAGAUGUGGACAAAAUAAGGAAACGUAACCAAGGAGAGGGAAGCUGGCAAGGUGCUUUCACUUUUGCGAUCCCUCCCUCCUGGGACAAAUCAGCUGUGCCAGAUGUUGGCUAUAAGCUUGUGAUGCUCAAUGAAACCUCUAAAGAAUUCAGUGAUGUCAAGAACCAAUUUGAAAAGACAAUGACAGGUUUCAUCAUUCAACGUAUCCAAAGGAUUCAGAAUUUGGCCCUUUGGCAAGUCUUCCAAUGGCAGAAGGACCAGAUGAAAAAGGUGAAUGGAGGGAAGGAUGUGGAUGAACGACAUCUAUUUCAUGGAACAAAAUACAUCCAUUUGAAUGACAUCUGCAGUCAUAACUUUGAUUGGAGGAUUUGUGGGACCCAUGCAACAGUCUAUGGCAAAGGAAGUUACUUUGCAAGAGAUGCAAGUUAUUCCCAUAAUUACUCAGAGUCUGAGACCAAUGUCAAAAUAAUGUUCUUGGCUCGAGUUCUGGUUGGAGUUUUCACUCAAGGAGAUUCAAAAUACGUACGGCCGCCAAUGCGACAGGGUACACAGAACACCUUUUAUGACAGCUGCGUCAAUAACAGAUUGGAUCCCACCAUAUUUGUGAUCUUUGAAAAGCAUCAGAUUUACCCAGAGUAUGUCAUAGAGUACACGGAGAAGAGUAAACAGUGCACCAUUAGUUAAGGCAAAAGAAGUCACUGUUUGCUCAAUUGAAUAGUUUGUGUGUGUGUGUGUGUGUGUGUGUGUGUGUGUGUGUGUGUGUGUGUGUGUGUGUGAAUAGUAUCAAAAUAGCUUUUUUACCUUCCUGUUUUUAAGGAAAGCAGUAAGUGAUCAUCUGGGACAACAGUUACUCAGAACUGAGUUGUAAAAGUCUUUUGUAGCGAACAGGUUUAAGAAAAAUCAUAUGUAACAUAAUUUCCAGAAAUAGAAUUCUGUUAUAAAUGAGCCCAAGGAACUCACUAUUUAAAGUUAUGCAACAUUGAAUCAUGAUGCAAAGAAAAGACCAACAAGAAACGUUUGAGGUCCAAAAAGUCACGACCUAAUUUAUGUGUUUCCAAAGUUUGGGUUUUCACUUGGAAGAUUUUCUUAAAAUGGAGGAGUUUGUUUUUGGUUUUGUUUUUUGUUUGUUUUGUCUUUUAGCUAGCACACUAAGGCAGGAAACCUCUUUUAGUUACUCUCCAUUGUUUUGCAGAGCUGGAGAGCUGAGGAUAGACAACCUGAUAAAUCCAUAAACAUUUAUUAAGCACCAGCUAUGUACCAGGCAAUGUGCUAAGUGCUAGGGAUACAAAGAAAAGUAGAAGAUAGUCCCUUCCCUCAAGCUCAAGCUCACAGUCUUAAUGAUGGAAACAACAUGCAAACAACUCUACAAAUCAGCUAUAUAGGGGAUAAACUGGAAAAAUCAACUAAGGAAAGGCACUAGAAUUAAAGGGAGCUAGAAAAGGCUUCUAUAAUGUAGAAAGCAGGAUUUUAGCUGGGACUUAAAGGAAGCCAGGAGACAGAGAUGAGGAAGGAGAGCAUUCUAGGUAUGGAAGACAGCUAGAGAAAAUGCCUGGAGCUGAGAGGUAGAGUGUCUUGUUUGUGGAAUACCAAGGCAAUAGUGUCACUGGACUGAUACACUGUGAAGGGUUGGGUAUAAGGUGUAAGAAGACUGAGGUAGGAGGGACCUACAUUAUGAAGGAUUUUGAAUGCCAAACUGAGGCUUUUGUAUUUGAUCGUAGAGGUGAUAGGGGAGCCACUGGAGUUUAUUGUCAUCCCAAUGGGGGUAACAUGGUUGAUUUGGUGUUUUAGGAAAAUCACAUUGGCAGCUAAAUGAAGAAGGGACUGUGAGUGGAGAGUCUUGUGACAGGCAGACUGACCAGCAGACUAUUACAGUAGUCCAGAUGUAAGGUGAUAAGAGCCAGGGUGGUGGCAAUGUCAGGGGAGAGAAAAGGGUAUAUUCAAGAGAUGUUAUAAAGAUAAAAUUAAUGGCCUUGGCAACAGAUUAGAGAUAGAGGGAGAAGUCAACAAUGACAUCUAGGUUUUGAGCCUGGGUGACUAGGAGAGUAGUUUCAUACUUGGUAAUAAUAAGGAAUGUUUUGGGGAGGAGGAUUUUUUUGGGAAAGACAGUGAGUUCCAUUCUGGACAUAUUGAAUUUAAGAUAUCUAUAGGACAUCCAGUUUGGGAUGUCUAAUCAAUUGGCGAUUUAAGACUGGAGGUGAGCAGACAGGUUAGUGCUGGAUAAGUAGAUUUGAGAAUAAUCAGCAUAGAAAUGAUUAUUGAAUUCUUGGGAGCUGAUAAGAUUUCAAAGUGAAAUUAUAUAGAGGGAGAAAAGAAGGCCCAAGACAGCCCUGUGGGACAUUCAGGACUGUCUGGAUAAAGAUCCAACAAAGAGGCAUUGAGAAGAGGAAGUCAGAUAGGUAGGAGGAGGACCAGGAUAGAAUAGCGUCACCAAAAAAACUAAAGAGAAGAAAGUACCAAGAAGAAGCAGAUGAUCAAGAGUGUCCAAGGCUGCAGAGAGGUCAAAAAGAAUGAGGAUUGAAAAAAAGCCCUAAGAUCUCACAUUUAAGGGAUCAUUAGUAAAUUUGGAGAGAUCAGUUUUGGUUGAAUGAUGAAGUCAGAAGCCAGACUGCAGAGAGUUCAGAAGAGGAUGAGAGGAAAGGAAGUGGACUGCCUUCUCAAAAUGUUUAGCAACAAGUGGCAGGAGAGAUGUAGGAUGAGAGUUAGUGGGGAUGGAUGGAUCAAGUGAGGGUUUUUUGAGUAUGGGUAAGACGUAAGUAUGCUUGUAGGUAGUAGACCCAAUAGACAGGGAGAUUAAAGACAAGUGAGAGAGUGGGGACGAUAGGGGAGGUAAUCUUCUGGGAGAAGAUGGAUUGGAAUAGAAUCACCUUGGCAAGAAGGACCACCCCUUAAUAUGAGACGAGGGGAUGAAAGAAAAAAUAGUGGCAGAAGGCAAGUGGGUGAUGUGAGAUGAGAAACAGAGAAGAAGAAGGAGCUAUUAGCAAAUGCCUCAUUUUUUUUUCUUCAGUAAAUCUUUUUUUCCUGGCUUCUCUACCUGGCUAAUCUUACUUGCAUCACAGCCUCCUUUUGUAUUUUCUCCAUGCCUAAACUUGGGGUUAAAGUAGAAACUCUGAGAAAGAGCCAGAGUUGAAAUGCUGGGAGCUGCUGUGCUGGAAUCUAGUGCCUAUUUAACACAAUGAUUGGUAUAUUACUUAUAAUAGGGCACUAAUUUAUUCCUUGCUACCCUAUGCUGGAAGGCUCAGUUUAAUGCAUCAUGACUACUGGAAAACAGAUAGUGGGCUAUGCUUUUUAAAAAACUCUUUAUAAGUCACGUUCCAAAAAAAAAAAUCUCAUAAUGGUAUUUGGCAGUAUCCUGCCAAUUUAUACAGUUAUAUUUAGGAAUUCCCUUGCCUAAGAAGGGAAAAUUAGGGAAAAACUUCCAAAACUUCCUAAACUUCUUCUUUCACCCAAACCUAUCUCCUACCACACUUUUCGGACUGUUUUAUGGACAUUAUCCACAGUGUGGUCUUUAGCUGAUGACAGCUUAAUUUAAGAACAUUAUUUUUUUUAAAAUGCUUUUAUUGAUAUUGUCAGCUGGACUAAAGCAUCUUCUAACCUGUGGAUAGCAGAGCUGAACAGAGAAGGUUAGAGACAGGAGAGUCAGGAAUCAAUCAGAAGUUUAAUUUCAAAGUGAGGGAAAUGGCUUGCAAGUAAGGAGAGGAUCUAGACACAUGUAUUGGACCUAGUGGGGGUCCUGCUUUAAUGUGGCCAAACCUUUAUUUAUAUACUCGUGGCUAGACAGAGAGUCAAACAGUAUAGUGUAGCAACAGUGAAGCAACGUUGUCUAGGGACAAAAAGUCUAUUCAUAGCAGGGCUUGGUGCUUACCUGAGCUUAGGGACCAUCAGUUCCGUGAUUUAGUUGCAGCAAUGUUCAUCCAGAGGGUAAGCGCAAAGGAUUGUUGUUAUGCCAAGCUCAGGGCACAGCUUGCUUGCUGGACCUUGGCUCUGGAAAACAGAAUGUCUCCUAAUAGUAUCCUGACAAUAUAAUAACUAAAGUAUCCAUGAUCUGAUCUGUGUGAUUUACUUCUUCCGGUAGGAUAGUUUUCAACCCAUCUGUAUUUUUUCAUUCUGUCUGAUUUUUGUCUAUGUUUUUCCAAAGAUCCUCCAUACUGGAUUUCUCAGUGUGCUGAAGGCCUGUCUCUGGUCUGCCCACUUGGCAUCCCUGACUUUCACUAUAUGAUACUUCCUAUUCCAUACAUACAUUUAAUUCUAGGAUGAUAUCCCUUUGUCACUUACUGUGUGCAAGUCAUUUUACUGAACGUAGUACAGUCUACAUAAGCCCAUCAGGUGUCUCUCCAUUGCCCUUUUAAUAUUUAUUGUUCAGAAAUGGUGUUUUUUUACAGAGUUGUAACUGUGCAGCAUCAAAGGGAAAACAAACCAACAAACCUGAUACUAAAAUGAUGGCCUUUUGUGUUGCAAGUAGCUUGGGAUCAUUGAAAGCACUGGGAAAUUUUCCAGCCUUCAUUCUUCCUCCUAAUCAAUUCUGUCCUCAGCUCACUGACCAUAUGCAGUCCCUGUCCUAGAUAAACAUACUGAUGCAUUAUCUUCAUGGAAUAUUAUGUUAUGUAUGUUAUAGUCUGGAAAAGAGGCAUGUCUAAAAAUUCAUUUGCUUUUUCCUGAAUAUAUUGUUAGGCCCAUCCCUUUUAAGCAGCCAUGGAUCUCUUUGAGGACGAGGUCAUGUAAUAUUUUGGCACUUGAUGCAUUUCCCAUAGUUGCAGGAACAUCAUUCAUCACAGGAACAUCUGGAGGACCUCACCGGCCAUAGUUCGCUUGGAUUUUGCAGGGUAUCUUCCACAACAGCAAUGAAUACCUUCUUCAAACAUGUUUCCAUGUUUGAUGCCUUACUUCAUAUUAAUAAUCGGAAGGUCAGUGAUGAACAGAGUUAGCACUGUGGUUACAUUAAUCAAGGGCUCUUUUAUAAUCCUUACACAUUUAUGAGAGAUUCAUAGCAUCCUAGGACUCUAGGAUCCAGAAUAAAGUCUAGAAGGGAUCUUGGAGGCCAUACAAUUCAAACUCCACAUUUUACAAAUGAGAAAACUGAGGACUAGAGAGUUUAAGUGACUUAUCCAGGGUCAUACAGGUGAUAAACAUCAGGGCUAGGAUUUUAAUCCCUGUCCUCUAUCUCUAAAUCCAACUCUGCCUACUGUACUAUGCUGCCUAUCUCUCUUCCUUGUUGGAAGAAAUCCAGUAAGAAAGUUUUUAUGGUAAAUAGGCCUGAAACUUCUGAAUAGUGUAUAAGCUUUUGGUCUCUUUUGUUUCUUUAAUGAACCAUUUUUAAACUUUUAAAAUAUUUUAUUUAUGCUCUUUUUUGGUUAUAUCAAUAUCACUUCCCUGUGAUAGCCACAUCCCCCAAUACUACCCUCUUGGAACAAAUAAGUAUAGUCAAACAAAAUGAAUCAACAAAUUGGCCAUUUGAAAAUGUAUGCCUUGUUCUACACCUGUAGUUCACCACCUCUCUGCCAGCAAAUAGCAGGCAGAGCUCUCUGUUAUUGUCAUUAAAGUUAUUCUUCUAUUUCUGCUUUCGUCAAUUUCUAUCCUUGAAUAUAUUUUCUGAUAUACUUUCCAUCAUUCCAUUCAUGUCGAAUCGAAGAUCAAAGAAUAUAUAUUGACUUUGUUGGAAGGAUCUUUUCAAAGUCUGUCCUCUACAAAAGAUAAUAGUAUAUAAGUUGUGUAUAAGCUGCAAUUGUCUUCAUGGGGGUCUUUUGGCUAUUGCUAAUCGUGAGCACCAAGAGGCAAGUUUUCCAUAAAUUUAUGUCUCCUGUUACUUUUGUCCAUGUGGUAAAGCCAACCUGAUCAUCUUUGUUUGCCUGGGAGACAUCCUUCCAUUCAUCUGCAACUUUCAUGUUUUCUGAAUUUAUAGAGAGGGUCAAUGUUGAUGUGGUUUGAUUCUUGCAGUAAUAUGACAGUUGUUACUGGACAAAAUUUUGCAUUUAAAAUAUCAAUAAUCAAAUCAAUCUUUAAAAAGUCUAAAAACUGUGAUUCUUAGCCACUUUCUGCCACUAUAUUGGGGCAGCAGAAGGGGAGGGCUAUGUAGAACUAAGUGCCUUUUAAAAUUUUCCUUGUUUCAUGGGGACAUAAUUUCAUAGCCAAAGAGCAUCAUUACCUAGUUGUCAACUUACUGGUGAUGAGUCUCCCUCAGCUUAGCAGAGUUAUUGUUCCUUGGACAGCAUUCUAAGUUCAUGACCAUAUUUGAAGCUGCUUUGAUUUUCUCCUCCAGUACAGUUUUUGCAAACCCAGGGUUACUUUCACACUAGAAUAAAGUACUCAUGAAGGACAUUGUGGUAGGUUGUUGAUGGUUGUCAAUGUUAUUCAUGGGCAGGUCUGUAACAAUGAAUUAGCAAUUAAUAUAUUGUACUUUUAUUUUACCUUAUAUGCAUGUGGCUAAUUGUUUUGAAGUAAUCUAUUCUGCCUUGACUGGCAGUCUUGCCACAUGAAUGUAUGUUUUCUGAGUCUGGCAUUGUGAUGUGAAAUAUAUAAAUUAUAAUUCUUUCAUGUCUAAGAAAUAGUCCCAAUCAAAGAUGAAGACUUUAUUGAAUUAAACUAUUAGUCAUGAGAAGAGAAGAUUAAACAGAAUUAUAAUGCUGUUUGUUCUCCAGGGAUAUCAUCCCAAUCUUUUUAACAUUUUUAAUCUGUAUUUGUAUUUAAACUGUGUCUUAAAGUCAUUUUGGAAAGUAAAUUUGUUACGUGAGGUGAUAUAUCAAUAGUUAACAUGAAUGAUGCAAAUGAGUGAAUUAAAAUAUAUUUAUUGAGUGCUUA